AUGUUUGCAUCGCAAUGUUUUGUCGGUACAUCCAUUCUUUUUUACCGUUAUAUACUCCACCGGAAUCAUCUCGUUGGUAUGAACAUUUACUUUUGCGGGAGCAUUCGAGGCGGUCGGCAAGAUGUGGCGAUCUAUCAACAGAUUGUUACUUGUCUAAAGACGUAUGGACGAGUUUUAACUGAACAUGUCGCUUUUCCCGAACUAGAGAUAUUAGAAAAGAAUCUGAACGAUGCCGAAAUUCUCGAACGUGAUAUGCAGUGGUUAUCUCAAGCACAUAUUGUUGUUGCUGAAGUGACCCAACCAUCGUUAGGUGUGGGUUUCGAAAUCGCCCGUGCGAUUACACUGAAUAAACCUGUUCUCUGUUUGUUUCGACCAUCAAGUGGCCAACGUCUUUCAGCAUUGAUACGUGGUUCUGCAAAUAAUCGCUCAUUUUUUGUUGGAAAUUACGAACAACGGGAAGAUAUCGAAAAAUUUAUUCGAGAUUUUAUGAGUUAUUGUUCACAGAAGCGAACAAUUUCUAAAUCGAUUGAAAAGAAAGAAAAACAAAGCACAAUGGGUUUGACAUUUUCAUCACUUUUUCAACAAUUAUUUGGAAAAAAACAAAUGAGAAUUUUGAUGGUCGGUCUCGAUGCUGCCGGUAAAACAACAAUUCUCUACAAGCUUAAAUUGGGAGAAAUUGUCACAACCAUUCCAACCAUUGGUUUUAACGUUGAAACAGUCGAAUAUAAGAACAUCAGUUUUACAGUUUGGGAUGUCGGUGGUCAAGAUAAAAUUCGUCCAUUAUGGCGACACUAUUUUCAAAAUACCCAAGGUCUUAUUUUCGUUGUUGAUAGUAACGAUCGUGAACGUGUCGGUGAAGCACGUGACGAACUUCAACGUAUGCUUUCCGAGGAUGAACUUCGAGAAGCAACAUUGCUCAUAUUCGCUAAUAAACAAGAUUUACCUAAUGCAAUGAACGCAGCAGAAAUCACCGACAAAUUGGGUCUUCAUUCAUUACGUAAUCGUAAUUGGUACAUUCAAGCAACAUGUGCGACAAGUGGUGAUGGUCUCUACGAAGGUCUCGAUUGGUUAUCAAAUCAAUUGAAAAACGUGAAAUAA